AUGCCAACCACCAACAAGAGCAGGAUGUCCUUGUUUCUCAAAUCGAACAAGCGAAAGACAACGACGACGACACCAGAACAACAAGUCGUCGUCGGCCAUCAUGAUCCGAAUCUCAAAGCAACAACGUCUGACAGUAGUAUGAACCAUGAUGGAACUACUCUCAAGACCAUUGGCAAGAUGAAAAAGAAGAACAAGACAUUGCAAAUCUUUCGACGCAAGCAACUUUCUUCUUUUAGCUCCAACAACAAGAAGAAGAAGAAGAAGAAAGGAGUCCUCGACACCAGCAUUGUCAUCGAUGUUGAUGCGGAUGACGACGACGAUGAUGGUGCUUCGCAAAUUCGACCUGGAUUGACAUGGACAAAUUCGGAAGACUCUUCAUCCCUUUUCGGCGACAGCUCCAGUAUUCGUAGCGGAUCAAGGACUCAAAACAUCCUCGAACUUCUUACUCCUGGCAGCAACAAUGAUAACAACUCGACUUUGCUAAUACUACCCACCAACACCUUGGAUUUCAAAUCAGUACACCAGCAGCAAGUAACAAACCAAAAUAAUGAUGAUGAUGAACAUUUAGAGUUUCUCAUGGCCAUGCACAAGACGGAAAUUGAAGAGAAGCAAGUCGAGAUUGAAAUGAUGCAGGACCAAAUUGCAAUUUUGAAUGACAAGAAUGAGAGCAAGAGUAGAACGAUCGAUUCGAUGAAGGAACAGCACAAACUUGCAAUUCAUGAGAAGACCAUGGAGAUGAAAUCAGUGGAGAGUCGCAUGGUUAUUAUGAAGAGCCAGCACGAAGAAGAGAUUGAAAUUCUAGAAUCCACCGUCCAGCAAAAAGAAGGCGAAAUCAUUGAUCUCAAGGCAAAAUUGAAUUGCACCAAAGCUGACUUGUUUGAAGUCAGCAGCAAUCUGAUUCAGGCGCAGCACAAGAUACACGACAUGUCAACUGCAUGGCCGUACAAGUUCUUCCUGUAG